CACAGUGAAGCGGAGUUUAUAAUUUAAUAGUUGGCAACACUGGUGUUCAGUCAGUUGGCGGCGCGGUCCUUCGUUCGACGUUGCGAGCUCGUGAAUUUCACGGUUUCAUCGCGAUCUAUAAACGGAAAACGCAAAAGCCGCCGCUGCUCUUUAUCGCGCAGCGAGCAGCAGGAUACGCGCGACUGUCGUUAUCAGGAAUCCGGAAAAGUGCGAGUGGAAUUCGCUGAUGGUGGGAGAGGGGAAGGUGGGGUAGCCGCUCGCUCGCUCGGCGAGGCGCGCCGCGUCGCGUGAAGUUGGCGAGCCUGAGCGGCGCGCCCGGCCCGACUCGCGGCUGACUUCGCGUCGCGCGCAGCCGUGCGUGCGUGCAGGCGUGCACCUACCGCACUCCGACAGCGCUUCCGCAGAGCAUAGUGCCGCACCGCCGUAUAUACCGCGACGAGACGACGUGCCAUUUGCGGCGGCAGGAGGAAAGAGGGAGCGAGAAAGGGAAGCGAGAGGGUGAAAACGACGGCGAGAGAGUGAGAGGGUGAGGACGCGAGGGUGGUGUGGUCACACUGGCGCGUCCGCCGUCAAUUGAUACGUCCACGAGGGAGAGAUGUGAUGCGGCUCACACGAUGGUGGACAACGAGUUCCCGGCCGCCGAGAAGAUCCUCCGUGACAUCGAGAACACCGUCCGCAGGAAUCCCACCAUAAGGAGCUUCGUGAUCCUGCCAAUGGAGGACAGCGAGAACCGAUCGCCGGUGUUUCAUCAGGCGGUGUUUCAUCAGGAGGACAGCUUGGGUCUGGCGUCGUGGUGCGUUCAGCCGCUCUACAUCUAUACGUAUCGCCGGCUACUGGAGUAUCGGCGGACGCGUCAUCAGCGGCGCGAGGAACCCAGCACCGUGGUGAGAUGGCUGCUGGGUGCUCUGCUGUUCAAUCCGAGUGUGACCAUGUUCUGGAAUAUGCGGAGGGAAUUGGUACGCGCCGGCAGGCUAGACCCGCGCGACGAGCUGUCCUUCACGCGGCCGGUGCUCUAUCACACGCCAAAGUGUUUCGAGGCUUUCUCGUAUCGCAGUUGGCUGAUGCCGUUCGUCCUGGAUGCCGAGCGGACAGACGUCGCCGAGGCGCUCGCCAACGACGAGCUCGAGCUCGUGCAGACCUGCGCUGAUCGCUACGCGAACAACUAUCACGCGUGGAGCUAUCGACGGCACUUGGUGACCCUGUUCGAGUCCCGUGGUCUACGGCGUCUCAGUUUCGACAGCGAAUGGAUGAACACGCUUAUUUGGUGCCGGCAGCACGUGUCCGACCAUAGUGCGUAUUCCUAUCGGCAGUUCCUGCUGCGAAAGUACAUCCUGGCGGUGGUCUCCUCGGGUAGGGAGACGCACGACAACUCCGGUUAUCGCGCGUUCAGGCACGACGGUUCGUUCCUCUACAUGGGUCGCCAUGAGCUCGACGACGACGAACGGACGUUACUGGAACGUAUUCGCGAGGUCGCACAUCUCGAGCGCGAUCACGGUUACUCGACCACCGACAUCCGCAAACUCAGGUGUUACCUAGCGGCGCUGUCAUACUGGACGGAAGAGUGCUUGCACAACGAGCAGUCCAUCACCUUGUACGACAAUCACGAGACGUUGUGGUGCCACCGCAGGUUCCUGGCAUACCUGAUCGCCGUUCUCACCGCCACGUACGCGAAACAUGCCUGUUACCGCGAGGACGAUUUCUGGGACGCUCAAUGCCACGACGAGCCAUCGCUCGCGCCGCUUCUUCGCGACAAACGUUUCACCACUGACGACGACCUGUUAAUGGCAGCACACGUGAUGCUCGUCAAGUCCUUUUGCACCGCCAGCAUCAAUAUCAUUGAGGUGGCAGUCAAGCGCCCACAAGAAAAAGUGUUCAUCGAGAGAUUUUGCAAAUAUCUUGAGAGAAUAGGCUUACGAUGAUUAGGAUUAGCGCGCGAGAUUUUGAGCUCGACAAACGCGCGAUAAGCUGCGAUAAGCUGAUUGCAAGUCAAGGUGCGUAAACGCAAAAAUAAUAAGUAUGGGAAUUGCGCAAUAAUUUCGUUGAAACGAUUUGUCUCUCUCUCUCUUUCUUUCUCUCUUUCUCUCUCUCUCUCUCUCUCUCUCUCUCUUGGUGAUUUUUUAUCGUUCAAAUCGCGUAAGACGUUCGAUACGUGCAAUAUUAUUCAGUGACAUACACGGCCUUUAUUUUGAAAUAGCCUCAAAAAUGGUUUAUUCUUUCUUUAAGGUUUUUGGUAUUAUUGAAAUAUUAUCAAGACGUUUGAUUGUGUUCUCAUCUAAUAUUUUCUAAUUUUCUAUUUAUUUAUAUAUUUAUGAGAAUAUCUUUUUUUUAAAUAUUUUUUUCUCAUAGUGAACUUAAAACUUCUUGAAGGAUCGUAUUUUACCACCUAAUCUUGGUAAGGAAAAGUUUUUCUUAUUGCAGGAAUAUUUUAAAGAUCUACAAAGAGUACUUUUUAGGGAGAGGAAAGGUUUUCGUAACUUUAAAAUAUUCUAGUUUGGUGCUCAAGAAAUUACUCUAUGAUUCGUGAAGCAAUCUCUUUCGUGUAGCUAGAGAACGAUUGCGAUAAGCAGGAUUCAAUGUAGAUAGGCGAAAUCGAAUCGUUAUUGAUACUUAACUUACUCCCGCAUUAUUCGCUCGCGUAGCGAAUUCGACGAGUCAUCGAGUACACCAGUGAUACGUAAAAGUGAAAUAUAAUUACGAAGUGUGUAGAAUAUGCGAAUAACGAAGUGGCGGAUUUGUCUCUCUAAGAGAAAUUUCCGUCGAGGGGGGAGUGUGAAAGUUUUUGGUCGUGAGAACAAUUAUGUAUACUUAUAUAAUAUUGAACGAGAAAAAAAUGAAGAUACUAGUUUUUUAA